GAUACCCUGUCCACCAUCAGCCGUUUGCUGCUGCUGUGAACCCGUGAUGAAUGGCCACCUAACGUUACAUCCGCGCCCGCUGGCGCUGGCCACGUUGGCGCCGCAGACCACGGACCGGAAACUCGCGUUUUCCUCCCGAGAAAACACGGGGCCGACCGGCGGAUCAAGGUGGAGGCCAUCAUCACCGGAGGCGGAGAUACAGCUGCAGCUUGCAGAUUAGCUCGAUGGAUUAACUUAGACUAAUAAGUUAGUCUAUACAUGACAUACGCAAGGUUAGAAUGACGAUAGACGACACUCUGCGGCGAGACCUUUUCAAGUCUAAGGCCAAGUCGGGUGAUCGAGAAAGGAGUGGGACAAAGGCUUAUGACAUUGAUUUGGACAAACAACUGGUGUCCUCUUCAAAACAGGUACUCUUGAAGAAUGUAGAUUUCCAGCCAGCACAGAAAGACAUUUCAUUUCGUCUCCAGAAUCUACGGGGGAAAUAUGUCCCAUUGAAUGCAGCAAAGUCUAACUCACAGAGUGAAGGCUCUAAGAAGUCUCAAGGAUAUUCACACAAAGGCAAGAUGAGCCUUCAGGAGGAGAGCCCCAACAGGUCUGAUGGCAUACCGCCUCCUAAACAGGUGCUUUGCCGUCCAGAUCGGGUGCGAUUGGACUGGCAGAAGUGCUACCGGGUCGGCAGUGGGCUCAUUAACAUGGGCAAUACUUGCUUUCUCAACUCCACUCUGCAGUGUCUAACCUAUACAGCGCCUCUAGCCAACUACCUGCUUAGCCAUCAACAUAAGCAGGAGUGUCGAGCAUAUGGCUUCUGCAUCUUAUGUGAUCUGUACACCCAUAUCCAACGUGCCUUUCAGCAUCCAAACCAAGCGAUUAGACCAAUGAACAUGAUCCAUAAGCUCAAAAGUAUAGCCAAGCACAUGCAUAUAGGAAGGCAAGAAGAUGCACAUGAGUUCUUACGUUAUGUUAUAGAAGCCAUGCAGAAGUCCUGCCUGAGUGGUUAUGAUAAGUUGGAUAGGUAUAGUAAAGAAACCAGUCCGGUUCAUCAGAUAUUCGGAGGCUACUACCGAAGCAGAGUGACAUGUGCAGCGUGUCAGUGUAAAUCAGACACCUUUGAUCCCUUCUUAGACAUUAGUCUGGAUAUCAAGCAUGCUCCAUCUGUUCCCAAAGCCUUGAUGAGACUCAUACAACCUGAAACCCUAGAUGGUGACAAUGCCUAUCAAUGUAAAAGGUGUAACAGGAAAGUACCAGCACAGAAGAGGUUCACGAUACAUCGAUGUCCCAAUAUACUCACGCUUUGCCUCAAGAGGUUUGAAUUCAACCGUUUCAGCAUGGGUAAGAUUAACAAGGAAGUCAGCUUCUCAGAAUACCUCAACCUGCGUCCAUUCAUGAGUGAAAAUAAAGGUCCUCCUGUUGGGUUUCAGCUGUAUGCUGUCCUCAAGCAUGAGGGUGGCUCCUGUAACUCUGGCCAUUACUACUGCUACGUGCGCGCCCCCAACCAGUCAUGGUACUGUAUGAACGACUCCUAUGUCAGUCAGUGCAGUCUGAACAGGGUUCUCAACCAGAAUGCCUAUGUUCUCUUCUACAUCAAGAAACCACCCAAGCCCAGUGUCAAUGGGAACAACCAGGUGCAGUCACAGCAGACCAGCAAACAAAUGCCAAAGACAGCCACCUCUCCUAGUAUCAUCCAAAAGGCUUCAAACCCCCAUCAAGGCUCCAUUGGCACACCCAUCGCCAGGCCCAAGCCUACUCCUCCCAGGCCGACUACGCCAACGUCGCACGCGCCACUCACACCAAAGCCAAAGAUCAUCAGGGAGCCAGAGAAGAAGCCGCAGACGUUCACCCCUACAGCCAAGCACACCUUGCCUCAGACAAUCGCUCCACCUGGGAAGAGAGACAAGUUAUCCUUUGUGAUCAAAAGCAAAGGUGUCGCAAGUACUCUUCAGAGUUUGAAGCAUGGACAGGGUAGCGGGAGUGGGGAGAUCAAAGGCAACAUUCCUCAGGACAAAGGUGUCGUUUCAGGUGUUCAUCGGAGUGAUUCAUCAAGUGUGUCUGGGAAAUCACCAUUGAGGGUGAAGAAUAAUGGAGAUGCCCAAACAAAGAAACAAAAACCUCCUGGAACAAUGAAGAAAAAAGAAGAAGAAAAAUCGUCAGAGUCAACAAAGAAGGCAGUGACUGUGCCAAAGGUCAACAAACACUCAUCUCUAGUGCCAUAUGACAAUGACGACGACUCCAGCUCAUCCAGUGACUCUGAUACAAACUAUGAUGCUGUUGUAGAGCGUCUGAGCAAGGGAACAGUAAAGGAUGUUGGUGCCUCAUCUAGUAACAGUAGUAAAGACAUCAAAGGGGAUUCAGAGAUGAAACCCCCUGAUGCAGCUGCAUUAGAGAGAGAUAAGAGGUCUGCUCUUGCAAACAGUACAAACUUGACUGCCAUUCGCAAGACAGACUCACCCCUCAAAUUGACUAUCACCACCAAUGGUAACGCACAGCGGAUCAUGAGCACGACACCAUGGAGGGUUACAGACGGUGAUCAACAGGUGUCACCGUCGGUCACAUCAGAUAGCAGCAAUCAUAGCAAUCAGUCCUCAAAUUCAACCAGUGAGUGGGCGGUCAAUGAUAAAAAGGAUAAGCCAAAAGUUGAAGAAACAAUUAAGAAAGAAGCCUAUCAUGUUGGCUGGAGCGUGAAGCCUUCCCCCUCCCGCAAUGGUUUGAGUAAGGUCAGGCCUGACAAUGGGGAAGACAGAAGGACAAGCUCACCCACAAAGACCCCAUGCAAGAUAAAGAAAGAAGUGACUUUAGGGAAUGGUACAAAAAAUAGGACUCUGUUUUCCCCCAAGGAGGAAAAAUCAUUUGUGAGCAAGAGAGAAAAACUAGGCAUUGUUACUAAGCAGGUGAAUGGCAAACACGCGAACCAAGAUAGGACUAAGCCGAUUGUGUCUGAAAAUGGGACAGACGUGCAAGUUGGUUCUGAUAUUACGAAGGAGAGGGAAAAACCCAAUGGGAAAUCAUUUGUCCAUCAGGAGUCUAGCAGCACAAAACAUGGGGUGGAUGCACAAAACACUAAUGGUAAAAAGAAUGGCACACAUAUCAAGAAGAACAAUACUAGCUCAAGUGAUGAUAGUGAAAGUGAGCAGGAGAUCACAAAAAACAAAUCUGAGUCAGAGGUCAUGCCUAAGAAGAAAAGGAAAAAGAAGAAGAUGUUUGUUAGUGAUGCUGAUCAACCAGCAACCAGUGAAUCGAAUGGAAAGAAUGAGAGCAAGGAUGCCAAUGAGAAAGGAGUGGAUGUUGGUAAGAGCGAGAAGUUACCGGAGAGUGAUGCAUUCCGGAAGUACCGUGGGGCGGGGAAGAGCGGGGAGUAUCGCAGCGACUCGGACAGCGAUCACAGCAGCCAUGCCACUUUCAAGAGGAAGAACGGACAGCAGACCCCUGUGGGUCAGCAGCAUCAGCGCUUCCGACCGCCUCCACAACACUUUCAAGAGAGAUUUUGCUCACCUACGGAUAGCGAUUACGAUGAAGAUUCCCCUGUCGGACCUCACAACCAUAUACCAUGGAGGAAACGGUCAUAUCCAAGUGACCAGGGGUAUUAUGAGGACAGGCCACACCCUCCGCAACAUGGGCAUGACCCCAGGAAUCACUGGUAUGGAGCACCUCUUGGAAACAAGAGGAAGAAGAUGAUGAAUGGCUAUGAUGAUGGAUACGGGAAGCAGGACCAAAGGAGAUUCAGACAAGAAGGCCACUACCAAAACUGGGAUCAUCACAUCCAAGAUGGGUUUCCACGGCGACCGGGUGGAGACGGUCCUCACAAGAUGAGCCAUUCUUGGGAUGGAACAAGGAGACAUCAACAAGGAGACGUGAUGGACUUCCUCAACAAGUCUUCUCAUAAAGGAUAUGGUCCAUCAGUACCAAACUGGGACGGUGGACGGAGUGCUAUCGACGAGGAGGUUGCAAGGGACCAUGCCAACAUGAAACGGAGAAAUACAUGGAAUGAGGACUACGAUAGAGGGAAGGUGAAGAAGAUGAGAAAACCUUUUCAUCCACAAGAUCAGUUCUCUGGACAUCACAAUGCCUUUCAGCACGUACAGAAUCAUCGCAAUAAAGGCAACUUUCAUGGGCAUCGCGGAGGAUUCAACCAGUUUCAUCAUAUGAAGAAAUCACAAAGCUGGCAUGCUGGCAAUCGAAGAAUGAGAUGAUGACCUCAUCGUGAUCGUCCUCUGCCAUUUCUUACCUUUUGAUAUUCACCGAGCUCAUUAUCUAGUAAGUGAUAAUCAGCACU